AUGAGCAUUCCCGGGGGCACUGACGACCACCAAGGCCGACGGAACACUGGAAAUGCCAGUGCCUAUUGGUUGACUCGAGAGCCUCCCGCAACGACCUGGCCGGCGGGAGGCCGGAAAGGGCAACGGCCGGCCGGACCAGCGCCGGGCACAAAACACGCCGGGCAUUCCGGAAUUCCGCUAAUAAAACAACAACGGACUUGCCGCACACCGGAAGCGAAGCGCGACGGAAUGGGGCCGCCGCUUCGGAAGCAAUUAGCUCGCGGCCGCAACGGAAUUCCCGGGAACAGCGCUGAACAAAGCCCUUCCCUGUUUACAUCACCUCAUGACCGUGGAAGAACGAGAGACUCUCUUGAGAGCCAGGAACUCGAGUCCAGCACAUUUCUGGAGAGCAUACUACGCACUCGACCUCACGAGAGAUUAAUGGAACUAUUAAAGUACCGAAAGGGCCAGGACGCUAUAAGAACUACGUCCUACGCCAAGGGCAACAAUGUCCUGCAGAGCAAACUCAGGCAUGUAAGACCACCUGGAUGUCCACAUGCGCGCUCGCAAUGUUUUGGAGACUUAAAUGCUUGUCUGAACCUGUCAGUGGACCGUGAUGACGCGCCCCGACCGACCGACGGGUGGGCGGCGUGGGCGGCUGUCCGCACUCCGCCGCCCACGCCCCUCAGCUCACACUCCUUUAAGUGGCACCCAUCCUGCCGCUGCUCCUGGUUGCCCUCAGUUGCAUCACCUUCCUCGCAGACACUUUCGAGGAGUUUCUUCGCGCAGAAGUUGGCUCCGCGUACGACCAAGACGCGACUCGUCACGAAGGCCUCGCCGAGCUCAACUUCUCAGCGUUUGUUUAUCUCGCCGAAGGCCUCCAAGCGCGUCCCCCCAACGGCUCCGCGCCUCCCGACCCGACGACCCCCUCCCGACGGCGCGCUUCACAGGAAUGGUGGUUCUCCUUCUACUUCUGCUAUCACCACUGCCAUUACUACUACUGCUACUAGUGCUGCUACGAUGCGAGCCGAAUGCAAACGCGGAGCGGCAUCCCGGCCGCAAGAGCAGCCUGCAAGGCGACUCUUGGCUCGAAGCAACUGCAACAGCAAUCGCGACUCGCCACCCGAGGGUCUUCCGCGGGCCUCCUUUCGUGGGAUUCUCCCGGAGGACUUCCCGGAGAAGACACGCUCGGGAGCUUUAGGAUAUCUUCCGCGUGAUAAUUUCCAUAAUGUGCCUGGCGGAGAGGAGAGGCCAGGACUCUGUUGCACCGAUGCAGAGUGGACGACGCGCGUGGUAGAGAAUACAAGAGCGCCGAGCGGGAGGCUGACCCAUUCGCUCGCGGUCCCAGAGGCAGACGAUCUGACGCAGGGACGCGGCCUCAGGCUGUCCUGGUCAAGGUCUGCAUUCCCAUAUAAACCUGGAACCUGCAGCUCUUGGGGCAACCUCUUCCCGGCGAAGCAGGUCAGGGACGGCGCCUUGACCCCGUUCCCCGAGGACGUGGGCCACGGAGGCGCGUAG